AUAGAUUGCUUUAGUCUGACUGUGGGCCAGUUUCUCUUCCUGACGUUUGGUACUCAGAGCAGCAGAUCAACGGUUUUCUGAAAAUAAAAAAUAAUGUCUCAGCCUCCAACAAAACCAUGGGAACGCCGAAUCCCGGGAACAAUAACUGCCCCGCUAAACUAUCGCUCUGCUGACUUUGGAUCGACAGGACAGAGUGGCCUAUCAGUGUCUGGUCCUCCGGUUUUAACACGGGUGGUACCACCCAUCCCUCCCAGACCCGUACAACAGACAUACCAUCCUAACUACAGCUCCUUUCACUCCUCAUACAGCCCUUAUGGUAGCUCCAUCUAUGGGGGACACAGCCCCUACAGCUACAGAGGUUAUGGAGUUGGAGGUGGCCUGGGUUACAACCGUUAUCAAAUGGAUGACAUCCCACCCAGCCGAUUUGUCCAGCAUGCAGAGGAGAGCAGCCGGGGAGCGUUUCAGUCCAUCGAGAGCAUUGUUCAUGCCUUCUCGUCAGUCAGCAUGAUGAUGGACGCCACAUUCUCUGCUGUAUAUAACAGCUUUCGUGCCGUUUUAGAUGUUGCCAAUCAUUUCUCUCGUAUGCGCAUCCAUUUCACAAAAGUGCUUUCGGCUUUUGCCCUGGUGAGGACCCUUAGAUACCUGUAUCUCAGACUACAGAGGCUUUUGGGAUUGCGUCAGGAUUCAGAGGUGGAUGACCUGUGGGCGGACAGUGCCUCAUCCACGGUGUCCGCUUCAGGAACAAGGGGAGCCGGAGUAGAUGACCCCGGGGCGAAUUCUGUCAAAUCAUGGCCCAUUUUCUUGUUUUUUGCUGUUAUCCUUGGUGGGCCAUAUUUGAUCUGGAGGCUUUUGAGGUCUGCAGAGGGUUCUGAGGAAAAUGGUAUGACAUUGGCCACUAACUGGGCAAGUGGGGAAGAUGACCAUGUAGUAGCAAGAGCGGAGUAUGAUUUCACAGCUGCAUCUGAGGAGGAGAUCUCACUACAGGCUGGGGACAUGCUUAACCUGGCCCCUAAAGAACAACAGCCCAGGGUGCGUGGCUGGCUUUUGGCCAGCGUGGAUGGACAAACCACAGGCCUCGUCCCUGCCAACUACGUCAAAGUAUUGGGCCGGAGGAGAGGUCGAAAGCAUGCAGAAUUGGAGAGGGUGGCACAGGCCCAGCAGGCUACCCAGAACUUUCCACCACCCCAAACUGUCCUGACUACAGCUUCAUCUUCCAGCACCGGGCUGGCUUUUCCUAGCUCAGACCCAGAUUUACUACUAGAGUCUGUGUAUGGGGAAACACAUGUCCCUCACACUACCUUAGAGAUCCCACCUUCUGUGAACAACAGCAGUAGCAUCACCUCAGAAAAGACUGACUUAUAAUCUUCAUGUCCCCGAGCUGAAGUGUAACACUGUAUGUGUGAGUGUGUGUUGAUGUAAGUUCUGGAGGAGGUAAUGAGUAAUGGUGGCCUUGAGGGGGCGGUGAUUAUCAGUCUCCCUGGAAUGUAUCAUUUAAACAGCAUAGCUGAACAGUAGAUUUUUAUUCAGCAAUUUCUUGUAGACUGUUAUGAUCACAGCGUUUGCCAAUAUUUGUUUUAAAAAGGUUGGUAUUUCAACAUUAUAAUUGCCUGCAUGUGUUAAUAAUGACCUAUUAAUUUAUUUAGAAUGCUCAUUUUGAUAUAUUCACAUAUAUUUACACGGUUAAAAGGUUACAUAUAUUGCUGUCACUUUCAAUUGACUUUGAUUUUGUAAAGCAAUGUUCUUUACAAAUUUCAUUAUAGGAAAAUUUCCCUGUCCUAAUGUAAGAGUUUAAGAAAAGUUGUUAAUGUUUCUGCAAGUUUAAAUUAAUAUUUAAUAUGUCCUGUUUUAAGUUGUAUCAUGGUUUUGUGGGGUUUUCUGUGUUUUCAGGUUAACUAAAAGUCUCUGUACAAUUAUGUAAAUAGAAGCAAUUAUUUUGUCAGUAAAUACUUAAAGAAAUGUA